AUGCCUGCCAACCUGAAGCAACGCGCUAAGCGUGCGCUGGUGACCUUGUUGCUGGCUCUGGCCGGUGCCUACGGGCUGCAGGUGACCCUCACGCGGGAGUCGACAGAUGUCGAGGUGACGCGGGUCUUCCGGCGAGUGUCCAUCAAGGUGCAUCCCGACAAGGGCGGCGCAGCCGCAGACGCGCAGCGCCUGAAUGCUGCAAGGGAUGCGUGGGUCCAGGCGAGCCAGGGCACAAAGCCGCCAGGCCGACCUGCCCAUGCGCAGGCAGGGCCCGUGUCCGCAAGCAGUGCCGUCACUAACGGGCGCGAAGGCUUGCGCAUUCGCUCCGAGGCGGUGCUCCUGACAUAUCAAAGCUGGCCGGCCGGGGAGGCGCCUGGUGCAUGGCAGAGGUUCUGCGUCUUUGUGGCCGCCUCGGUGACGGCGUGGACUGUCAAGCACUGGGCGGCGACGAUGGAGCAGACCUCCGGCGGCGACUGCCACCUGCACCUCAUGGUCCAAUUCACUUCUGCAGUGGACUGCGGCUCCGCCCGCUUCAUCUUUGAGGGCGUGCGACCCAACGCCAGCCCCAACGACUACCUCGGCGAGGGCGUCUGCCGCAACAAGCUGCAGCAGUCCAUCAACCGCGGCAUGUUCUACGUGUGGGCUGACAAGGUGGGGACGCUGCGCUUGCCUUCCGGCGAGACUUGCGUCGCGGCCAACUACGAGCCAUGCUGGACUGAGGCUCGGCGAACCUACCAGGUCCUCGGAAAAUGGCCAGAAGCACUGUGGAAACAGCGGAAGCUGACAUCGGCCAAGUACGAGCAGUACCUUUUCCUGACGCGGGACGGGGUUCUGGCACGGAAGCGCAACCUGGAUGCAGUUCGCGAGCAUGAGGCCGCCCUGGCUGACGCCGCCCUCAUCGAGGCCACCACGAAGAGGCUUCGAGCGAACCCAGAGGUGUACCGGGCUUUCCCGGCAGUGCCCGCGGCAGAAGCAUGGUUGGCGACCUUUCGUGAAGAUCGACUACGCUAUCCACUGCUCAUCGUCCACGGGCCCUCCCAGACAGGGAAAACAGAGUGGGUGAAGUCCUUGUUCAAGCGCGCGCUGGAGCUCAAAGUGGGGAGUCUCGACAUCUUCCCAGAGGGGAUGCGCGCCUUUGACAGGGACACCCAUGAUGGCAUCAUCCUGGACGAUGUGAGGGACCUGAAGUUCAUUGCGGAGCACCAGGACAAACUUCAGGGCAAGUACGACACGCGUGUCGAAUUUGCCACGACUCCUGGCGGCACGUGCGCGUACCGGAAGUACCUCUUUGCGGUGCCUGUGGCAGUCACCAUCAACAACAGCACACGGAACCUGGACUUCCUGCGCGCGCAUGACUGGCUCGGCUCCGAGCGCAACCGCGUCCUCGUCCACUUCCCUGACAUCUUGGCACAGGCCGUGUGCGUUUUGGGUCCAAUCGUGCGCCGCAGCCUGGGCCGUGUGCGUUUUGGGUCCGAACGCGUCAGCCGCUCCGGCAGUUGGGUGGGCAUGGCGGUGCGUCCUGUGGUUCCUCACGCCUUGACCAUGCAGGACCAUGCAUUGCUAGCGUCGGAAGGUACUGACAGGACCAGCCCACAUGCGUGCCCUCGCAGCUGUCUCGGCACCAUGCCCCUUGUGCAGGAGGUCAGGCACCCACGGUCGCUCAACUUCGCGACUGAGCGCCAGGUUGUGGUGCUGCGGGAGGUGCAUGGCUGCGCGUGGGAGGACAUCCGUUCCCGGGUGCGGAACUUGCGCGGGGAGCGGCCCAGUCUGUCGCUCCUGAAGCGAGUCUACAAGGGCUUCAGCCAGGCAAAGGGGCGGCGACCGUACAAGUACCAGAACUGCGGUCGCCGACCCGUCAAAGCUACCAAGGCCGUGCAGAAGUUCCUGGUGCAGCGCUUGCUCGCCCUGCGCAUGCACUGUGUCUGCACCUCUGGCACCUUGCAGCGAGAACUGCUCGCGAAGCGGGGUGUGCAGCUGGAUGAGUCGGCCAUCCGCAAGGCACUGCGUCGCCAGGGAUACUUCUGGCUUCCGAAAGCGCAGAAGCGCAAGUACAGUGCAGAACGCCGGCAGGAGCGCCUCCGCUUUGCACGGAGCGUGGUGCAGCUCAGUCGGGCCCGCCUGCGAGAGAAGCUUUCCUUCUCCAUGGAUGGGGUCCUGCUGUCGCUACCGCCACGGGAUCCCACGGACCGCCGCAAUUAUUGCGCCCACGGGGAUGGCUACAUGUGGCGGCAGCGCGGGGAGGCUGGAAUGGAGCGGCUGGCUGGACAGAACCCGUACCCGUCACAGGUGCCACGUGCUCGAGCCGUGCCACUCUGGGGUGGGCUGUCAGAAGGGGGCUUCCGCACAGUCGCCUUCCACAAAGCACGCAAGUUCACUGCAGAGGAGUGGUGCCGCGUGGUCCAGACCGGGAAGCUCCAGGCCGCCAUAACAGCGCUGCAGCCAGUGCAGCGACACGGCCCCUGGAAGGUCUUGUGCGACAAUGAGGCCUGCCUGCACACGGCCGCCAGCAGGCAUGCCAUGGCGGCCAAAAACAUCACGCUCUGGCCGGUCCCGGCAUCAUCGCCGGACCUGAACCCUGUGGAGAAGUUCUGGGCGUGGCUGCGAAGGCGCCUCCGCCACCUGGAUCGGGAAGACCUCCGCCGCAAGCGCCCGCCCAUCGGCAUGCUGGCCUUCAAGGCGCGAGUCCGCGCGGUUUUGGCCUCACAGCGUGCCCAAAGGGUGGCCUCGCACAUAGCCGCGGGCUUCAAAAAGACCUGCAAGGAGGUCGUGUCGAAGAAGGGCGGCAUGGCCAGAUCCUAG